AUGGUCCUCGACACACUCACUAUUACGUUUGAGCUGGCGCAAGAGUCGCGCGACAAGUGCGCCAAGGCGUUCAAGACGGUACACUACUUCCCGAACCGGGACGAGGCGCCGCCGCGCGACGUCGUGCAGGCGACGGAAAUAUGGUUCUGUAAUUGGCUCGGGUUGCCGGAUGAUGUGAGGGAGGAGGAUUUGGGCAAAACGAAGAUUGUGCAGCUUACCAGUGCUGGCGCCAACAUGGCGCUGAAGCAUCCUGCCUUCCAGGACCCCAAGCUGGUGAAGCAGAUCAAGAUCUGCAACACCUCCGGUAUCCACGCAUACAGCAUCCCGCAGUACAUCAUCGGCCAAAUCGUCAACUGUGAGCUUCGUUUGGCGGAGAAGCGCUGGCCCGCACGCAACGAGAUGAAGUACCGCCCGGACCCGAACGAGGCGCCCUCUUCCUCCUUCGGCGCGACGAGCUACUACAAGAUGCGCGGCCGCACGGCGGGCUUGCUCGGGUACGGCGCGAUUGCGCGCGAGACGGCGCGUCUCCUGCAAGCGUUCGGGAUCAAGGUCAUUGCGGCGAAUUCGCGCGGCGAGCGGCGCGUCGAUGACGGCUACAUCAUCCCGGGCACUGGGGACAAGGAGGGCACGAUCCCAGAGCAGUACUACUCGACCAGCGACCCCGAGUCGUUCAAGCAGUUCCUGAACCGGAGCGAGAUCCUCAUCGCGUCCCUGCCCAGCACGCCGCAGACGCACUACAUGCUCACGCGCGAGCAUUUCGCCCAGCUGCCCAAAGACGCCAUCUUCAUUAAUGUCGGUCGGGGUGAUCUGGCCAAGUCUGAGGACAUUCUCGCCGCUCUUGACCAGCCCGAGGGCCUGCUCGCCGUCGGACUCGAUGUGACCGACCCGGAACCCCUGCCGAAGGGCCAUGCCCUGCUCUCGCACCCGCGCGCUGUCAUCACGCCCCACAACUCGAGCGACUUUGCCGGAUACUUUGACGCUGGGACGGAUAUGAUGAUUGCCAGCGUCGAGCGCGUGCGUCAGGGCGGGGAACCCAUGAACGUCAUCGAUCCGGAGAAGGGCUACUAA